UUGGCUGCAGCACGGCCUUUGGAUAAACUGACAUGUAGGCUUUGGACAUGUGAAAAUGCUACUUGGACUUUAGCAAUUUUUUAAAUUUGUGUUCAGAAAUAAUUUUUAUAUUAAAGGAAUGCCAACUCUGGUUCAGCAUGCAGCACGGUGCGAAUCAAGGAAGGAAAUAGUCUUUCAACACACCCACUGAGGCCUUAAAUUUGAGACAGAAAGUCUUCUGAAGAUUGAGCCACAUACUACCUGCAGUUUCCUUUUGACACCUGGAAUCCAGGAGAUUGAAGCAACGCAGAGCCACUCACAGCUCCCUGGGAGGAUUAUGCCAUUAUAACUGACAACUUGAGCUUCCUCAGAGUACGACGGCUACAAGGCAAAGUCAGUCCUGCUCCGCAAACACCAAGUAGGAACCAUGGAUGACCCCUACCACAACAAUGUGAACCAGCAAGUGACAGAGGGUGGAGAGUAUACCUAUACCCAGGAUGGAGGAGGUCAGGAUGGCUACCCUUACCAGACGGACUACCCUCCACAGGAAGAGGAUGCUGCAAGCGAUGCCACCGAGGGUGCAGAUGAUGAUGAGCAGAUGUAUGAGGGGGAGUACCAGGGCAUCCCCCACCCUGAUGAGAUCAAGGAGGCGCGACGUGCAGCCCGGUUGGAGGCCAGGAGGAAAGCCCGUCUGGCUGGUCAACAGCAAGAGGAGGAGGAAAAUCUGCCAGAGCAGUACGAGAGCAUCAUGGAGGACUGCGGCCAUGGACGCUUCCAGUGGAUGCUGUUCAUCGUGCUGGGCUUGGCACUAAUGGCUGACGGUGUGGACGGCUUUGUGGUGGGCUUCGUCCUGCCCAGUGCUGAGAAGGACAUGUGCAUAUCCAACUCCGACAAAGGAUUGUUGGGUCUGCUGGUGUAUGUAGCCAUGAUGGUGGGGGCCUUGGUGUGGGGUGGUCUGUGUGAUAAGAUGGGGAGGAGAAGGUGUCUGAUAUACGUCCUCACCAUCGACCUGGUCUUCUCCUUCCUGUCCUGCUUCGCUCAGAGCUAUGGCUUCUUCCUCUUCUUCAGGUUCUGCUCCGGCUUUGGAAUUGGCGGCUCCAUCCCAAUAGUGUACACCUACUUCACUGAGUUCCUGCAGAUGGAUAAACGUGGAGAACAUCUGAGCUGGCUCUGCAUGUUUUGGAUGCUGGGAGGCUUGUAUGCCUCCUUCACCGCCUGGGGGAUCAUCCCUCACUAUGGCUGGGGCUUCGCCAUUGGCUCAGAAUUCCAGAUCCACAGCUGGAGAUUAUUUAUUUUCGUGUGUCUCUUCCCUGCGCUGGCUGCCCUUGUCGGAGUCGUCUUUAUGCCGGAGAGCCCUCGUUUCCUCCUGGAGAGUGCCCGACAUGAUGAGGCAUGGAUGAUCCUGCGACAAGUUCACGACACCAACUGGAAGGCUAAGGGGGAGCCGGAGAGAGUUUUCACUGUGACCAACAUUAAGACUCCACAAACUCAGGAGGACGAGUUCAUAGAGAUCCAGAGUGACACUGGAACUGUCUUCCAGCGUUGGACCGUCAGACACAUGACCAUGCUGCAGCAGGUGAUGGCCAACAUAAUGUCCCUAUCAGCUCCAGAACUCAGACUGCAAGGCCUCUUCCUGGUUGUUGUCUGGUUCUGCUUGGCCUUCAGUUAUCACGGCCUGGGAGUGUGGUUCCCUGAUAUGAUCAAAUACAUGCAGUAUGAGGAGUAUGAGUCCAAGGUCAGAAUUUUCCACCGAGAACGGGUCGAACGUUUCCACUUCAACUUCUCUCUCGUCAACCAGAUCCAUCGCGAGGGAGAGUACAUCCAUGACAAGUUUGCAGAAAUUGAGAUUAAGUCUGUGAAGUUUGAGAAUUCUCUAUUUGAAAACUGCUACUUUGAGGACGUCAAGUCAACCAACACCUUCUUUGAAAAUUGCACCAUCAAAAACACUGUCUUCUACAACACAGACCUCUGGGAGGAAAAGUUCAAAAACUGUCAAAUGGAGAAUACCACCUUCCUCCAUCCAAAGAAAGGCUGCCAUCUCAACUUUCAGGAGGAGAACGACAUUGUCAUCUACAUGGUCAGCUUCCUGGGCAGUUUGGCUGUGUUGCCUGGCAACAUCAUCUCAGCGUUGUUCAUGGACAAGAUAGGAAGAAUCAGAAUAAUAGGUGGUUCUAUGUUGGUGUCGUCUGCCUGUACCUUCCUUUUGCUGCUAAGUUUCAGUCAAGGAGCUGUAAUAUGUUGGCAGUGUCUCUUUUAUGGCGCCAGCGUUGCAGCAUGGAAUGGACUACAAGUCAUUUCUGUGGAGCUCUACCCCUCCUCUAAAAGAGGGACAGCAUUUGGUAUCCUGAAUGGUAUCUGUAAGUUUGCAGCCAUCAUUGCCAGCUUCAUCUUUGCAGCCUUCAUUGGCAUCACUAAGAUCAUCCCCAUCUUCCUGGCCUUCUCCGCCCUCGUCUGUGGAGGUCUGGUAGCUUUGAAGCUGCCAGAAACGCGGGAGAAAAUCCUCACUUGAAAAGCCAAACUCCUGCAGCCUCCAGUAUAGCUACGGGGAAAGCUUUUUGGGAAGGUAUCGGCUUAAACUGAAAUAGAAAGACAAGGAAGAAAGCCCAUGCUGUGCUAGCUGUGUUUAUGUCUAAUAGUUAUAUGAUAAAAAAAAAUCUUAAAAACCUGUCUGGUUGCCUAUGUGAACCCGUGGUUGCUUUAUAUUUCCUCUGUGAGCUCCCCAGGCUGCCCAGCAUUUCUGUCAAAUUGUGAAAAACUAGUUUGUCAUUUCUUUUUUAUUGUUUACUGCCCAUCCUCUAUUCUCUCAUACAUACAUACACACACAGUGUAUCCGCAUUUGUUUUGUUUAAGGUUUGUGUAAAAGAAAGAUUAAUGUGAGAUGAAAAUGUGUCUGUAUUUGAAAGGUGAUGUAGUUCAUAUUACCAUGUUGUGCUUUGAGUUCAUUCCCUGUUGGAAAAAGAGGAAAGAGAGGACUUAUAGCUGUACCUUGAAUUGGAUUUGAACCCUGUUGUAGCCACUGCCAAGGGCUCAGCAGCAAUAUUACUGCUGGUGUUGUUAUUCAGAGAAAACACCUCUUUUGUUCAUCUAGUCUUUAUUUAUUCUGCACUGUCCUGUGGUGUAUAUAGUCUUCUUUAGUUCACAUAUUGUUGCUUGGUUUGUUCUUUCUAGACAUAAACCUGGACUUACCAUUUUAUUAAAUGUAGGAGCUGUUUUCCAAGCUGAUCGAAAUCCAGCCUGAACAGCCGACCAGAUUUUCCUCCAGUUCAUCGUUUUGUCCUCGACCGACACGUCGUGUCGGUUCUGAAUUGUAGCGCUGUGUUCUGUAGAUGGUGGUGACGUAGAAUCUUUUCUGUCACAUCUUGCCAUGACAAAGUGUAAGGAAUUGUUGUUUGUUUGUUCAUUUAUUUUUCCCGUCUUUUUUUUUCUAAAAAAAGAGAAUGAUACAAAACUGUGAUAUUAGGUGUUUUGAUAUGAUGCUCUCAUUUUAACGUUCUGAUGAAGAACUGUUUUACAGAACCUGCUGCAUUUCUGACAACAUGUGUCAAGAUUUCUAAGGAGCAUGUUACUUUUUUUGGCAUGACUGAGCUGUGUGUGUGUGUGUGUGUGUGUGUGUGUGUGUGUGUGUGUGGUUGUUAUCAACAUGUCUGUGAAUUUACUGAAACAGUCUGACUACUAAAACUAUAUUUGUUGUUGUACAUACUGUAGACCUGUGUACAUUAGCUGUAAAAUAGUAGUUCCAUGACUUGAAUAAAGAUGAGGGCUUAUGAUGCAGUGUCCUGGUUAAUGAUAGAUGCAGACUGUGCAAUGAACAUAUUAAACAAGUUAUAAACUA